AUGUCGAAAGCGUCUGAUCGCCAGAAACUGUUCCGUGUUCUCAAACGAGGGAACUAUUCAUGUUCGACGGAAUUUUUGAUUGUCUUGGACAAACUGUUCCGAGACGCGGCCAUCGAGAUCAACACCGAUGGCAAGAUUGUGAAUAUCUCGGGCAAGCCACUAGAAGGUAUGCUGAUACCUUGCGAUCUUCUCGAUAUCACUGUUACCGCAUGUGCUUCCACUGAGAUACUUGACGCGAUCAAGAAGCCUAUUAAUGGCCUCAUAUGGAGAACAGAGUCAGAAGAGUGUAUACUGCAAACACUGACUCAAGCGGGACUUUUUCCUACUCCGGAGUCUGAGAAAUUCACUGGCAGUAUUGCACAAUUGAAGGAAAAGAUCAAGACGAUUCCAUAUGUCGGCAAGGAGUGCCACAUAUGUCGCAUGAAGGCUGCAAUCUUGGCUUUCGAGACUUCGUGA